AUGCAGGAAAGAUUAAAGGAGAAAGAAGAUGGAAGUUUUAUCAAGGAUAUAUCUCAUUUUAUUGAUAAUACCGCUAAUCCAGAAAAAAAUGUUGAAGAAGAAAAAUGGAUAAGAGAAUUACCGGUAACAUAUCGUCCAGAAUAUUUGAAAACAUUCAUUUGUUUUCUAGCAUUACUUAUAUCAUUAUUUUUAAAUCAACUUGUGAUCUGUUUAGUGCAUGAUGUUACCAGUAGAGAUGCAUUACCGGAUUUGGUAUUUGCAAUAGUGCCGGAACAGAAUUGGGCAUUAGCUGUUGGUGAUAUGCUUACCGGUAUUGCAGGUGUUGUUGCUUUAGGAUUUAUUACUGUAUUUCAUCGAUAUCGAUUUAUCGUUAUACGUCGAUUGAUAUUUACUAUAACUGUAUUGUAUACAUUUCGAGCUAUUUGCUUAGCUGUUACUCAUAUUCCGGCAAGUUAUGAGAAUAAUCAUCGGAAAUGUAUAAAACCAAAUCAUCAGGCAACUAUACUAACUGUUCUGAAACGAUUUGCACAACAUUCUUUUAAGCUUGGUUUACAAUUUAAUCAAAAUGAUCAAGUAAUCUGUGGUGACCUUCUCUUCUCCGGACAUACCAUAUUUGUUUCAACAACAACAUUCUAUUUCAAUCAUUAUUCACCACAUUCUAUUUGGCCGCUUAGAUGGUGCUUAAUAUUAAUAUGUAUUGGUGGUAUGAUCUGCUUAUCAAUAUCACGUACACAUUACAGUGUUGAUGUAUUAAUCGCAUAUUGGUUAUCCAGUUUCCUUUUUAGUCUUUAUCAUUCAUUCAUUUUACUACCACAUCAUGUACGUAUUCGAACACGUGCCUAUCGUCGUUUGUUAUUAUUUUGGACAAUGUACGAAUUGGAAGUGAAUGUACCAUCAGGACGUUUAGAAAAUGAGAUAGAAUGGCCAUUACCUUGGCCAAAAUGUCUGAAACAAUGUGUGAAGAAUUGGAAUAAACGAGAAAUUGAUACGAUAUCUGGUUAUAUUGCGGAACAAUUAGAUGCACAUCGUAUUAAGACACAUUUGUAA